AUGACUGGGCAUUUUGGCUCUUUUCAGAGCGACAAUGCAAUACAUUAUACUGCGAGGCUGCACGAGAAGUUCGAGGCGUUUGAGGUUCAGAUGAGGGGUGCUCUUCCGGAUUUCCUUUCAACAGAGUACUCUGAAAGGUGCAAGGAGGCUCUGAAGGAGGUGGGUGGGAUGUAUCUUCCUAACAUGUUUGACCUGGUUGUGGUGAAGCAGCUGGUUCAGGAGGUGGUGGAGAGCAUUGAAGGGCCGUGCCUGCAGCUGGUGAGCGACUGCUUCGCUUAUGCAAUGCAGGUCCAGCAGGCUGUGACAUCACACGUCUGUGGGUUGUAUCCUGGGCUGAACAACGUGGCGCACCUUCAAGGCACGGAUGCCAUGAGGAAGGCCAAGGAGUCAGCAUACUGCUACAUUCAGGGCCUGUUGACAAAGGAGAAGAAGGUUAUCUUCACGCUCAACCAUUACUACUUGGAUACGAUCAACGUGUUUUCGUAUGUCAAGGUGAUGCAUAAGCGGCUGUGUGAUGUGAUCUCCAUGGAGAUACGGAUGUGCCUUGAGAAUGUUCUCCUGGGUGGCACAGAUGACGCUAUCUGGCGGGAGAUUAAUCUGGAGAAUAAUCGUGCAGACAUAACCAAGAUAGUAGCCUUGAAGGGUGGUGAUCAGCAACGUCGGGCUCGUUUAGAGGAGAGCAUUGAACGUAUGAAGGCAGCUGAAGCCACGCUUCUGUCGCUUGCAUUUGAUGUUCCUAAUUUGCUGGCCUAG